GGAGGAAUGGCGACGGCUACUGAAGAUUAUAUGUGAAAUCCUGCAAGGGAUCUGACCACUGAGCGCUCGCGAUCCGCCGUUGUUGAGGUUUUCGCGUUCAUCAUCCACUUCACUCCAUAAUUCAUUAUCACACGUGUACAUGUGAAACCAAAAUGGAAGGCCCUCUGGUGAACUCGGGAAUACCUCUGGCAAAACAGACCAUGGUUUCUCCUGUCACUCAAAUAUCCAGCAACUUGGCUGGUAAACCUCAUGACAAACGGAAGACUCCUGUGUUUCUGUCAAACUUGGGCAAGGCUACCUUAAGAGGCAUCCGCAAGUGCCCUAAAUGUGGCAUUUUCAAUGGCACCCGUGGCCUCAGCUGCAAAAACAAAGCCUGUGGAACUAUCUUCAGGGAUGGAGUCCAUGUGAUGAAGCAUUCAAAGAAGGGAUCAUCUGAAGUGGUACGAGUCGUGACGGACAGCGGAGGCGGCAAGUCUGGGGGGCCCCAGGUGUUCUCGGUGCGUCAACGAUGUCGUGGCUCUGAACAACGAGGUUUUGUUGAGUUGGUCCUCACGGAGACAGCCAUUUCUACAGCAGAUGGAACCCUACUAACCCGGGUCAAUCUCGGUCGCUGUUACAUGCCCUCAUGCCAGCAGAACGAAAGCGAGUCCAUAGUUGAUGGUGGCCAUCUACAAGGGUUGCAAUCAUCUAAAAGUCCCUGCACCCAUGUGAAGCAAGCCAUGGAGUGUCAGGCCCAAGCGACACCGCUGCCACUCAAGAGCUCUAUGCUGGAGUCCCUGGUGGCCACUUCCCAGGCUAAGGAGGAGUUGUGGAGGCUGGCUACAGAGACACCUGGGCCCCUAGUGCAGCGGGUCUCUAAAGGGACCCUUAUAGUGAAGUGCCAGCCAAGUGCCGCCCACCCUUUGGGACUGCUGCAUAUGAUGGUGUGCUUGUCUGGAGCGAAAAUGAAAAGUGAGGGUUCGGCUUCCUUUCACUGUGCAUGUCACGAUCCCAGUGCCAAGGGGGCAUUAGGGCCGAGCAGUUUGGGUCAGCAUAGCGUCACGGAAGGAGAACAUUCCCAUCAGCACAGUUUACCUGAACAUUGCCUCCACUUCUAUGCCUGUGUUUGUGCCUUCACCAGUGAUGACAAGCUGGCCUCUGAGUUUUCAGCUUUUCUCAACAACAGCUUGAAUGGAUUGCAGGAGAGGGUAGACACCACAGCACUCAAUAUAUCUGAUUCUCAUCAGCCCAUUGAGCCCAAUAUCUCUCAUCGCUCCAGGAGACUCAAACUUGUGGAGUCCUGUACUGCUCCGUCUGUGUCUUCUCCAUCUCUUCUGGCUGUCAAAGACACUUCUGCUCCCACCCUCAGCCAGCGCAAGCCCACUCACAGAAAACACUCCGGUUUCACUGGGCUUAAGAACCCAGGAAGCAAUCAGCCAGUGAAUGAGGCACAUGUGUCAUUGGGGUUCCAGCAGUGGUUGGCCAGCAUCACCGAGAGGAUCCAUCAGACAAUGCACUUCCAGUUUGACGGGAAGCCGGAGCCGCUUGUGUUCCACAUCCCACAGGCUUUCUUUAAUGCCCUACAGCAGCGUUUGUCAUUGGGCUCAAAGAAGAGAAGACUGCCCAACUAUACCACCAUAUUUGUGCGUAGUGAUGCAUUGCCUUUGGGCUCCUUCUCUAAAUACACCUGGCACAUCACCAACUUAUUACACGUGAAACGUAUCUUUGAUACACCAGAGUUACCUCUGGAACUCACUCAGAGUUUUGUCAAGAAUAGCGAUGGCUCUUAUUCACCAUACAGCUGUCGGGAGAAUCCUCCUGAUCCUAGAUCCGAUGCCUGCAACCAUUCAUGCUCCAAUAAGCCUCUGGCCAUCAGACCACUGGAGCUCCGCACCUUCCUCAGAGUGGGGACAUGUUCUGCAGAGCAGACGGAGCCGGUGCCCUUUGUGAUUGAAUGGAUCCCAGACAUCCUCCCACACUCACAGGUGGGAGAAUUGAGGAUCCGGUUUGAGUAUGGCCAUCAGCUGGGCAGUAAACCUGAACACUGCAAGAGCUCUGGCACAGAGAAAACUGAACAAACAGUUACAGAGGCCAACCAAAACCAGUGAAGACCAGCUGUAGAAGUGAUGCAAGUCCCUGGAUCAUCAGAUACUUAUACAAUUAAUUUACAGUUACAAUAAUGAAUCUUAUUUGGAAAGAUCUAAGUCAAUUCCAUCUUCCAUAAUGCAAUUAUCGGAUGAUUUUUAAAAGGAAUAUUAAAGGGAUAGUACACCCAAAAAUGAAAGAA